AGUAUCGAUAUAUACCGACAUAUUAAUAGAACGAGCGGUGCCACGCAUACUAACCUUGAAGUUUAAUCUAACCUUAAACGAAACGUCAAAAAAUUUGUAGAAAAAUGAUUGCAUUAGCAGUUAUUGCAAAAUUUUGGCAAGAGUAUACGAAAAAUACACCAAAAAAACUUAAAAUAAUAGAUGCUUAUCUACUUUAUGUGUUUUUAACGGGUGUUAUACAAUUCAUAUAUUGUUGCCUGGUCGGCACAUUCCCUUUUAAUAGUUUUCUUAGUGGAUUUAUUUCCUGUGUGUCAUGUUUUGUUCUUGGAGUUUGCUUACGACUACAAGUGAAUCCCCAAAACAAAAAUCAAUUUUAUGGAAUAAGUCCAGAGAGAGGAUUUGCAGAUUUUAUUUUUGCACAUGUAAUUCUACAUCUUGUUGUUAUGAAUUUUAUUGGAUAAAAAUGAAAAAUAAAAUUUGAUUUGUAAAAUUUUAUAAUAAACUAUUAAGAUUAUUA